UGUUUCCUGGCUUCUGUGAGUCGAAAGGACCAAGCAUGAUCGACAAGGAAAACCUGAGACUCUUUCUCCAGCUUAUCACAGGUCAACACCAAUCUCCGCUGGAGCCCAUCUUCGCAUGGUUCGAUCUCGAAACAGUUGCCUCCAUCGUAAAUGUCGUUAGUCAGCUUCGAGUGAAGCUGGCGAACGAGAUUAGGAGGCACUCCCGCCGAGGCCAGCAGAAUCCCAUGCACGAGUUCAAAAUUCUGCAAAUCCAUCCUUCCCUCUCUGGCACUGCCACUCGCUCAAACAUUACCAAAACCCCGAACCUCGGCCAGCAUCAUAAGCCUCUCCCAUCGCCCGUGCUCCAAAACCCUACUCGGCCUCCUUGCAGUACCGCACCACGUACAGGACAGCACACGAUAAUAUAUAACUCGGUGACGCUUACGCAGUCGACGGCCCAGCUUCUUACUGGACUGCGAUUCGGAAAACCUGGCGCACGCUCGGUCCCGAUGCUUUGGCGGGGUCGAUGAUCCAUCGACUAAUCGGGCUCUAGUGCGUGGAUUCGACUGCGGGGUGAGUGGAGGCUUUUCGAGCUCGUGCUGUUUUUGUGUCAUGUAGGUCCUUCACAGCUCGCCAUUUCUUGACCUGGAUUGCAGCGGAAAAGCGGACGGAGGCCGUGCCGACCUGAACAUGGAUUCUGAACCGGAUGGAUCGUGCGAAAGAGUGGAUGAGCAAGAUAUGGUCUCUGCAAUGAGCGUAGAGGUGGAAUGGUAUGAGCUUGUUUGACAGAUCGAUUCUCGUUAUCAAGAUCGAAGAGGGAGGGAGGGAAAGGGAACUCUGAAGCGUGUCAACAUGGUACUCAAUCGAGCGCACCUUGCAGAGUUUAGCACGAUCCUCGCUAAUGCUCGGAAAAUAGCGGUCUUGACAGGGGCUGGUGUUUCCGCAGAGUCGGGCAUUCCGACUUUUCGAGGCGAAGGGGGUCUCUGGCGCACCUGGAAUGCCACGGAACUUGCUACACCGGAGGCAUUCAGGGAGAGCCCUUCGCUUGUGUGGGAAUUUUACCACUAUCGGAGGUGCGUUGUGGCAAAGUCUCUUCCAAAUGCAUCGCACUAUGCUCUGGCAGUUUUGCAACAACGGUGUGAGCAGGAAGGCAAAGAAUUCACGUUACUUACACAGAACAUCGAUGGACUUCACGCGCAAGCUGGCAGCACAGACUUCGUGGAGCUCCAUGGAUCCUUGUGGAAGACAAGAUGCUGUCACUGUAACGAUGUGCGAGUAAAUCGCGACAUGCCCAUCUGUGCAGCUCUGGACGGCAAGGGCGCCCCAGAUCCUAAGACAACAGAUGCCGGAAUCAAACCAAUGGAUUUACCGCGCUGCAAACAAUGCAACGGACUCCUGCGACCCCAUGUGGUGUGGUUCGGUGAGGCUCUAGAGUCGAGGGUACUACGGCAAGUCGAUUCUGCUCUUCAGAACUGUGACCUGCUUCUGGUGGCAGGAACCUCUGCACUCGUUUAUCCUGCUGCAGGUUAUGUUCCACUUGUGAGCGCCCUUGGAGGUGUUGUGGCAGAAUUCAACAUAGAGGAUACUCCAGCCAGCCGUUCAUGCAGGUUCAAGUUUCGGGGGCCAUCUGCAUGUACGAUACCGCAAGCUCUGGGCAUAUCCUUGGGCCAACUACCUCAAGCUCCAUCCAGUUCGGAUUCUUCGGCAUGAACUUAGUCAAGCCUUGGCCAGCCUGAGGACUGGUCGAAAAUGUCCGCUCAUCCCGGACUAUACACCUAGGGAAGACCGACGAGUUCUCAUGUCGCGCAACCAUCACAAGUAUUAUCCGUACUCAUACACAACGUCAUACGUACAUCCCCAAAUAAUAAUAAUAACGAUCUCCAAAAUACUAGUCUGGAUUUUGGGGAUUAUUACAUUCUCAAGAGGGUGUCAAUUAUGCAAGGUAACGGGGAAAGGAAACGCGAGCAAAUAUCGGGAACAGUCAACAGUGCACUAUGAUCCCCUUACACAGAGUUCAAUUCAAGAAAUUGUACAUAUCUAUGAAAACAAGGAAUUUGUGUAGUUUAUGUGACUACUAUGCUACUCUCUUCAUAAAAAAUUAGUUGGGGUGUGGGUAGAUAGAAUUAAACAAUCACGUUAAGAUCCUACGUACGAACACAGUAUGUAAUUGUUGAAUUAAUUUGGACAUAGUAUGUGAUUGUUGAAGUGAUUUGGAACGGAAAGAUGUGGAGAACGAUGCAUUCUUAUACACCCUAAAGCUUUUUCUAAUAGCCAGUAUGAAUUAUUAUAUGUCCCGAGCAUUUU